AUGUCCUCACCACACCCAAACCCAGACACCUCGCUCCCACCCGACCACAGCCCCUCUCCGCCUCCAUCCCCUCACACCCCAGAGAAAGCCGAUACCUCACCACUUGGCAAACGUUCCAUCCCCGUUCGAAUGUUCGACAGUUUCCGUCGUGAUCCAAACCAGCAAGUCACCGAGACGGCUGAGAUCAUUGAUCUCAAGCUGCAACAUGGACAUGAAGACAGCUACGACAUCGAGAGCGCAAUCACUAAUAUUGCGAAAUCGCCGCUUUCGAGGAAGCUUGAGGCGAGGCAUUUGCAGAUGAUUGCUAUUGGAGGAGCUAUUGGCACUGGCCUCUUUGUGGGAUCUGGAAAAGCUCUUGCGAGUGGAGGACCCGGGUCACUUCUUGUUGCUUUUAGUAUUAUUGCUUUGAUGCUUUAUUGUACUGUUUAUUCGUUGGGGGAGAUGAGUUGCGUGUUUCCAAUCGCGGGAAGCUUCUCUGCGUUUGCUGCAAGAUUCCUUGAUCCGGCUUGGGGUUUCGCUAUGGGUUGGAAUUAUGCUCUUCAAUGGAUGGUCACACUCCCGCUUGAAAUUGUAGCUGCCGCCAUAACUAUCCAGUAUUGGAACUCGCCAAUAUCACCAGCCCUUUGGGCCACUAUUUUCCUCAUCGUGAUUAUUGCACUUAAUAUCUUUGGUGUGAAAGGUUAUGGUGAAUCUGAAUUCUGGUUGGCUUUGGUCAAAGUCAUUGCAAUCAUCGGGUUCAUUAUUCUUGGCAUCACUCUCGACUGCGGUGGAGGUCCUAACGGUACCUACAUCGGUGGCAAAUAUUUCCGCGAUCCCGGUGCCUUCUACGAUGGGUUCAAAGGUCUAUGCUCCGUCUUCGUGACCGCAGCUUUUGCCUUCAGCGGAACAGAAAUGGUCGGACUCGGAGCAGCCGAGACAGCAGAUCCAAGAAAAAGUCUCCCUAAAGCAAUCAAGCAAACCUUUUGGAGGGUAACCGCCGUACUCCCUUACACGGACCCCAGACUCCUUAACGGUGCUACAUCAGAGGACGCAAAAGCCUCCCCCUUCGUCCUCGCAAUGACGAAUGCAGGAAUCAGAGGUCUCCCCUCUCUCUUCAACGCCAUAAUCAUGAUUGCCGUUCUCUCAGUCGGUAACUCGUCCAUUUACGGCUCCUCCCGAACACUCGCUGCACUCGCCGAGCAGCAUCAAGCGCCUAGAAUCCUCGCCUACAUCGACCGCAAAGGCCGCUCCCUCAUCUCCAUCCUCCUCAACUGCCUUGUCUUCGUUGCGCAGUUCUGGAUCGGGUUCAGCCCCCAGGGGUACGCGGACAUUACUGCCAAAGACCUGGUGCAGAAUUUCUUCGAGGUUUAUUUGGCGGCGCCGAUUAUUGUUGUCUCCGGGGUGGUGUAUAAAUUGUGGUUUAAGACUAGGUGGGUUAGAAUGGCUGAGAUCGAUCUUGUGACUGGGAGGAGGGAGGAUGCGGAUGAGGUUACUGUUUUAAAGGAGCUGGAUAGGGUCGAGAGGGCAGAGUGGCCUUGGUGGAGGAGGGGUCCUGAACCCCCCAAUUCCACGAACCUUGGAACUUCAACUACAAUGGACCCAGCGCCGGCACCUACGUAUGACGCCCCUGCGACGAGAUCAAACAAGCGUAAGGAGAGUGGUCACGUCGACAGCGAAGAACCGAUCCCGAGGAAGCGCGGCCCUGACCGACCCCGUACCAAGGCUGAGAGCAAAGAGGACGUAUCAAAGGGUGUCAAUAACGAGUUGCUUCAGAAAACAAAGCGUACCGCCCAGCAAAUUCUUGACGCCAAUACGCAGCUUUCUAGUUACGCGGAAGAGGCGUUCCGAGUCGGUCGGAACGUGCUGGCUAUCUACAAUAUGUUAGAUGAUAACACGGACGACCUCAUUGGCGCGGUGGAGAAGGAGGAACACGGCGAUAACGUAAAGAAUAUCAUUCGCAAGGUCCAGAAGACUCGUUAUGACACCGUCAUCAAUAACAUUACACCACUUUGCACGAAGAUGGAGGAACUCCCUGCUCUACGUGAGCCCUUACUCGUUCAGCUCGCCAUCGAUAAGAAGACUGCAGAUGAGGUUCGUGAUUGGGCUCUGUAUAAGCCAGGACUCGAGCAGAACGAUGUGGUUUCGGUGGAGCGGCACGACGCGGUAACGGAGGACCGACCUUCAACCCCGGAGGAGAACGACGAUGACUACGAUGAUAAUGAAGAUAUUCCGGCUACAAAGUUUUCGAUCCUCCUUGAACGUUCUGCGAUAUUCUUAGGGCUUGAACUAGGCUGCAAAAAUAGAAGAGGAGCGGUGGGGAUGUUGGUGGCGGUGGAGACUGCGAUGGGGAGAGUGGCGAGAAAGGACGGGGGCAGGAAGGAGAGCAGACCCAGGGUGGUGACGAAGUGUGCGUACGGUGCUCGGGUGGUGUCUGCGAUGCGGCAAUAUUCGAAGGAGAAGGAGAAGCCAAACACUACGGAGAAGCUGGAGGUUGCUGAUAGUGAGGAGGUUAAAGGAGGAGAGAUGAGGGUGACGAAGAAUCUGAGAACUGCCAACGUGGGAAGGAGAAUCGAGGUGACUUCACAGCAUCAGGAUUCUGACGAGAGUGGAAAUGAGAAUCCAGGCAAGAAGGAGGGUUCUUUUGUCAUAGAGGAUGGAAAGGACGUGAAUAUGGGAGAGCAGAGGGGAAUAUGGGCGAGGAUGAGUUUUUGGAUGAUGAGGAUUGAUUUGUGUUGGAUCACGGAGCAAGGAAGCCAGCGGAAUUAUUUUGGCUUUAGUCAAAAAGACUUGGAAUUUGGAGCUUUUAGGGUCUUCAAGCUUUUCUGGUUUGAAUAG